AUGGAUGAUUCAAUGAGUUCUGUUCAUAGCAUAUCAGCUAUGGAUAUUUCACCAGCGUCUAGUCCAAGAAAUGCAAUGAAUCAAUUCCCGUUAAAUCAUCUACUUGUGAAUACAUUCCAACAACAACAACAAUCACUGUCAAAUAUUUUAUUUAGUGAGCCUAACAUGAAUGAUUAUCCACCAAUAAAUGAAAAUCCAAUGUCAAAUGAACACGAUGAUAAUUCAAAAGCCUAUUGUCUAUUUUCAUCGAUUUUAACAGAGAAUAAUGGUGAUAUACGAUCACCAAUUAUUACAGAUGAAUCAAAUCAACUUCGACAAAGAAUAAUAACAGAACCAAAUCCAUCAAUUGGUGAUGCAGUACCAAUUAUAAAAAAAUCAUCUCAACGAUCAUGUUAUAAAAUUUUUCUUUUUAUUCCAAUUAUGAUAUGUAUAAUAUAUUCUAUGAGUCAAUAUUUCAAUACAUCUGUUAUUCUACCACGUUCAACAAGUUGGCAAAAUGCAAGUGAAUACUUGGCUAAAAAUCUUAUUGGACAAGAACAAGGACUGGAACAAUUUAACGAUGCUAUGGAAAAACAUAAAAAUUUAACUAUCGUUCUUAUUGAAGGUCCUAUCGGUGUUGGGAAAUCUUAUUUAGCAUCAUCACUUGAAAAAUUUAUACCAACAACUCUCAUAUCUACGAAUACGCUUCUUGGUCUAUCACCACAUCAUUGGACUGAAUCUAAUCGUCUCUCAUCAUAUCUAUUAUCAUAUUUAUCUCCGUCCUUAUUUCAGUUUUUAAUUAUUGAUGAUGUAGAUUUAUUGCCAACUGAUGCAAUGUAUUGUCAAACAUUAACAACAGCUUUAACUUCGAUUGAUAACAAUAAAAAUGUAUUCAUACUUCUUCUACAAACUGGUACAAUCUCAAACAUAUGUAAAGAAAAUUUUGACAAUAUAAUGACGAAAUAUAUUCAAUUUAAUAUGUUACAACGUCAUCAUAUUCGAAUAUGUAUUAAAAAUGAAGCUUAUAUACAGAAUGUUCAACCACCAUUUGAUAAUCAACAAAUUGAAAAUAUUCUUAAUUCAGUUAAAUAUACGAAUGAGAAAGGAAUAUUAUAUAGUACAACGGGUUGUAAACAAAUCCCAUCACUUGUUAUGCUAGAAUCUAAAAGAACAGCACAGUGA